UUGUUUUGGACUGCAGACAAGAUGGCCGCGGACUGUCAACCGUAAUAAUUCUCACGUACUUUUGUUAUUUUCUAAUUGUGUUAGCUAAUAUUUAAGGUUCCCGGCAGAAAUGGGUUUAUCACAGAGUUCAGAAGUAUCCGAAGGAGGAACGUAUGGGUACCACGUGCACGGCGUGCAGCCGAGUUCCCCUGCAGAAAAGGCUGGACUGCAGCCCUUCUUUGACUUCAUUCUCUCCCUAGACCACAAAAGACUUAAUGAGGAAAAUGACCUGCUGAAGGAGCUUUUGAAAGCCAACGUGGAGAAAGCAGUGAAGAUGGAGGUGUAUAGCACUAAAACCACAAGGCUUCGUGAGCUGGAAGUGGUGCCCAGUAACAUGUGGGGAGGACAGGGCCUGCUAGGGGCCAGUGUUCGCUUCUGCAGCUACCAAGGUGCCUCUGAGAAUGUCUGGCACGUUCUGGAUGUAGAAGCCAGUUCACCUGCUGCACUGGCAGGGCUUCAGCCACACAGUGACUACAUCGUCGGGGCAGAUCAAGUGUUGCAAGAUUCAGAGGACUUCUUCACCCUGAUCGAGGCCCAUGAAGGGAAACCCCUGAAGCUCCUGGUGUAUAACAUACAAACAGAUGCCUGCAGAGAGGUGGUGGUCACGCCAAAUGGGGCAUGGGGCGGAGAGGGCAGUUUGGGUUGUGGCAUUGGUUACGGCUACUUGCACCGAAUCCCAGCACAUCCUGACGUAUCAACGGAGAAGCCUUCCACCCCUUUACCUGAGGAGGAACCCUCUCUGCAUCUGCCUGCUCAUGGAUUCACUGAGGCGCCUUUAAUGGCACCUGCAAGCCAAAGUGAAGAUGUGUUAGACCUGGUGCAGGUCACCCUCCAGGAAGCUCCUCUACCUCCACCCAUCCAGAGAGUCAUGGACCCUGGUUUCUCUGACUCUGAAGUGGCAGCGAUGAACCCUGACCCUGCAGAGUUGAUGGACAGAUUGGAUCUGUCCAUGUCGUCCAUCGACAUGACCAACACUUCACUGACAAUGCACGAGGAGAAGGAUGCGGACAUCUCUGGUGUUGAGGAGCUGGAGGACAGCGUGCUGCUUUCAUCACCAGCAGAAAUAAAGGCUGACCCACAAGAGCUGAGCUCCCAGGCAGCCAUGGACCUCACUUCUGCUCUCGCUUCCGCUGACACUUUGUCAGAUUCAAGCAUCCCACCAGUUGAACCGUCUCACCUGGACACAGACCUAGCUGGCUCUCUGUGUGCAUCUAGCGACAGCCCAAGCCCACCUAUGGGUGCAUUGUCUCUCCCUGAGUUCCUACAACCUCCUGCUGAAGACCCUCCCUGCUCAUCGCCUGUUGAUCUCCUCCAAUCCUCUGCUGUUAAUGAGUCGAUGGCAGACGAUUCUCCCGUUCAGGCCUCAGAGGAUGCAGCACGGCCAGUGGAGGAGUCUGCCGAGCCUCUAGAUGUGAGCAGGAGCCAACACUGCAGCCAUGAGAGUGAUGAGGAGAAAACAGAUGAGCCGCCUCUUGAGUAAGCUUGCAUUAAGCCAUACAUAAAGUACAAAAAUGGGAAGUGAAGUUGACAAUCAAUGGGGCUUUUUAAAGAAACUACACAGGCAACACUGGACAGACCGAGGGAAAAGCUGUCUGAUAUGAUAUAGAUAUUUGUUAUUGAGUCUUACACUACAGAAACCAGCUAGAGCAUUAGUGUAUAAGUAGAAAGACACUUAGAGAGGCACUGUAGGAACAUCCUAUUUGUUUUAUAUGUGAGAAUAUAAAGUUACUGCUCAUUUGCACACCAGGAAGUUUGUAGUAUGAUCAUGUUUCCUUUCUUGGUGCAAAAUUAGAUGAUGGUGACGAGACCUUGCCUCUGCUACACUAAUGUGUUGAAUACUUAAACGCAUACAUUUACACACAGCUGCACCUUCCAUGACACUAUCAAAAGUUUUUGAAGCUACCGGACUGUUGCCGGUUCAGAUGAGUUGUUACAUUUGGUUUAUUGUGGUGCAGUGUUACAUCUGUUGUCGAUGUGUUUAAAAUAAUGAUUCCCAUAAUUCAGCUUUUAAAGAUAGCUUCUAAGAUUGUAAGGGGAACUUUACUACUUAUAGUAGAUCAUGUAUUGGAUUUUAAAGUGAAUUUUUUUGGGGUAUUGUACUGUGUGAAACCGGUCAGUACAUGUUUUUACACUAGAUUUAAUGGUCAAUACGUUUUAGACACAGUCUUUGAUUUGAUUUAUACAGCCAUGCAGUCUGAUGUAUUUUUACUGCUUGUAUCGCUACAAUUAUGUCCCCAUAUUUCAUUUAACACUGUCCUUCCUUUGUAAAUUAUGUGAUCUAUGCAACAGUAGACAAGUACUGCCUAUGACUUGACAGAUAAUGAGUACAUUUAAAUAGGUGACACAUUUCAUAUACAGUAUGUAAGAAGUAUGGUAA